AUGAAGUCCUUCCUCGCCAUCCCCGCGCUUUUCGCUCUUGGCGCCAUCGCUGGCUCCGACUCGACAUGGGGCUUCACCUGGACCUUCUCCAGCGGGCACAGCACCUGGACCUCAUGCACCUAUGCAUCGGCGAAUGCAACCACUGCUACCAGCGCAGCCGCGUCCAACACUGCCUGGUCCGAAUGGACAUCCACAACAUCUUACACGGCGACAUACAGCUCCGGCGCCUCUACAUGGACCAUCCCGACGUCUGUGAGCUAUAGCGUGGCUUCAAACUGGACGAGCAUGAUCCCUGCGCCGACUUCCAGCAGUGUAUACAGCAGCGAAGUGGCCCCCACUACCGCUGCGCCGGCUACCUCCGUCGAGGCUUCGAAGACUUCCGCCGUCCCAUCUGCCUUUACUGGUGCCGCUACUCCUAACGUCAAUGGAAAGAUUGCGGGAAUGGGUGCUGUUGCCAUCGCUGGGUUGGCAUUGGUUCUGUAA